AUGUCUGGACCGCCGCCGGUGUUUCGAUCGACUUACUCCAAUGUACGUAUCAACACGCCCCGUCGAAACCCUCAAGCAAUGGAAAAAAAAAGACGGGCACAAAUUUUGAUGAAAUCCCUUGACUUGACGCGUUGCUCGAGAUUUUUUUUUUUUGUUGCCAAUACUAACCAACCCGGCGCUUUAACCUUAGACCGAUGUCUACGAGUGUGAUAUGAAUGACUCGCCCAUCAUGAGGCGGUGCAAGGAUAACUGGGUGAAUGCCACCCAGAUCCUAAAGUGCUGCAACUUUCCCAAGGCCAAGCGGACAAAGAUUUUGGAAAAGGGGGUCCAGCAAGGAUUGCACGAAAAAGUGCAAGGUGGCUUCGGACGGUUCCAGGGCACUUGGAUCCCUCUAGAGGACGCGCGUCGGUUGGCGGCAACCUACGGCGUGACCAAGGAGUUGGCGCCGGUUUUGUUCCUCGACUUUACCGACCCGAAUCUAAUCAUUCCCUUGAAAGCCAAGCCUCCUCCCAAGGAACCAAGCGAUAAUGCUGUCAAGCGGAAGUACGUGAAGAGACUGAAACAGCCUGGCGACUUGCCCCGAAGAUACAAGACGGGCAAGAAAGCAGCCAUUCAAGCAGCAGAAGAAGAAGCAGCAGCGGCAGCGGCAGCGGCGGCAGCAGCAGCCACCGCUAUGGCUGGAAGUAAUGGCAAUGGCACGGUCAAUCACCACCUCCACCACCAACUUCACCAGCAGCACCUUCACCAGCACCUUCAACAGCACCACCAUCACAACCCUCAUUCGCUCGCUCAAGCUGCCACCAUGCAGCAUGUGCCAUUUGACCAGCACGCUACAAAUCGAAGUAUACAGCCAGACCCAUCGCUCCCUCCAAUGUACAACAUGGUGCAAGGAACACCAGUGCAUCAAUCUUUUAACAACAACAACAACAACAACAAUAAUAAUAAUAGUGCUCCAGGCAAACCCAUGGGACAGGAUGCAUUCCCGAUCCCGCAUGUCCCCUUCCAGAACCCGCAACUUGCUCCACGAUAUAAUGAAAUGCAAAUGAAGUUACCCACGUCUGCGGCGGCCCCAGCACCAGCACCAGCGCACAUGCAAAUGCAGCCCAUGCAAAUGCAGCCCAUGCAAACUUACCCUUCGCUUCCCUUUGCACAACCAGGAUUUCCUCACAGCAAACUACUGUCGUCUCAAUCUUCCAACGAUGCAAACUGGUCCAUCACGCAGGACCAGCGCGACAGCGACACCUCGAUGAGCUCGCAAGAUGAGGCCAAGGGGAAAAGCCGAUUUGCACCACCGCAACCAGAAUUGAGUCCGCCCGAUGAAAAUAGCUACGCGGCCCAGCUUUUGAGGUUUUUCAGCGAAGACAGCAUUGAAAUACCUCAAUUUGUGAGAGACCCGCCCGCCGACUUUAACCCUAGUGAACCAAUCGAUGACGAGGGUCACACCCCUUUGCACUGGGCAGCGUCCAUUGGUAACCACGAAAUGAUUCACCUCUUGAUUUCCAAACAGGCAAAUCCGCUAGUGGUCAACAAUUUUGGCUUGAACCCGUUAUCGAAAUCCAUCUCAUUCAACAACUGCUACGAGCUCAAAAAUUUCGGUCCCGUGCUAGAUGACCUCGAGUUGUGCUUGAUCAACACCGACAUCAACGGAAGAACUCCCUUGCACUACUUGUGCCAGUAUGCAAAAGUGCGGUCCAAAUUGGACAGUUUACAGUUUUACUUAAAAGUCAUUAUGGAUAAAUUGACAAUCAUGACGAACCAGAGUCAAUCAAGGCAGGUGGAUUUGUUGAAAAACGUGUUGGACCAUCAGGAUGUGCGAGGCGACACCUGUUUGCACAUUGCAGUGAAAUCAGGCUGCAUGCCAAUUAUGCUCAAAUUGCUACACUACAGACCCAACAUCGGUCUAGUCAACGUCAAUGGCGAGACAGUCUACAACAUGUUGAAGUUGCUCCCCGAGCGGGAUUCCAGUCACUUGAUGGUUGAAGUUGGCGAUUGGUUGCAAGAAUUGUAUUGGAAGAGUGAUGAGCAGUUCCGUUCAUCGCGAAGUGCCGCCAAGCACCCCAUUUUGGCGACUCCAGUGCAGCCUCGAGUGAGCAGGAUGGCUACGCCUGAUACAGAGAGGACAACCGUGCAAGACGACGACAUCGAAGAAGAACAAGAGCAACGCCAACACCAAGAGGAAGAAGAGGAAGAAGAGCAGGAAGAAGAAGAAGAAGAAGAAGAAGAAGAAGAAGAAGAAGAUCAGGGAGGAGAUUCACAACGACAACGGCAACAGAGUGUGCGGAUGGACCGGAAUCCCGAGACGUUCAAUGACGACAAGGAAAACAUUUUCAUUGACAAGUCCUAUGAUGGUGUUUCGACCUUAGUACAUCGUUCACAAGAAUAUGUCUCCAUAAACCAGAGGCCGUUGGCGGUUAUUUCAGAAGGCGCAGAGAGAGAGAUCAGUAACGGCACCACUACUAGUCUUCUUGAGCAACACUCGUCUCAGCACACACAUAUAAAGUCAGAACACAAGAGACGGAAAGUUUUAAGAAUGCCAAACCCACCGAAAGUGGAAAAUGACGGCACGAUAUGUGAUGAGGCAGAGGAGGCACCACUUCUCCCGCUUGGCGAUCUUUCAUCGAUGAUCUCCAAGAUGAUCAGCUCGUAUGCAAGCGACCACGCGGAACAAUCAAAGAAACUUGACGCUGAACUUGCCAAGCUUAAGGCCUCGGUAUCUGCCAAACAGGAGGAGAAUCAUAAGCAAAUGCAAUACAUUAUAAAGCUCAUUGCCAAUUCGGGAGUCGAAGGCGAGGCAUCCUCGGUUGAGGACGCGCGGUCCUUGGUCACCAAAUCGAUUGCCGCCUACGAGGAACGAAUAGCUGAAAAGGAGGAACAGCUCACCAACAUCCUCCAGAGAAACCAAGCGUUCCAACUAGCGAAUCUAGUCCAGCAGGAAGAGAUGACGAUAUUGGAGCAGCAGGAAAAAGCAGCGCCGCAUCCAGUUGAAGCAGACGAUGACGAUGAAGACGAUGAUGAUGAAGGUGAAGGUGAAGGUGGAAAAGGCAAAAAUAGUGGAACCGGUUUGAUAAACGAAGAACAAUUCGAUCUUGCAUUGGAAUUGACAAAACUACAAUUAAGACGGAACAAGUUGGUUUCCGAGAUUGCUGAGCGAACCAAAUUUUACGGAGUUGACGACAAAAUGUACAAAUAUAGAAAACUUUUGAGCUUGAGUUGCGGGGUGAGGGUAGAGGACAUUGACAGUUUGAUAGACGGUAUUGCUGAAUCGUUGACGGAGUCGAUUCUGUGA